UCGCCAACCUCCUCUUCCCUCCUCUUUUCCCAUAAAACCAAACCUCUCUCUCUCUCUCUCUCUCUACCCGACGGCUCCAAGCACCGCCAUGGAACAUUCCUCCCUCCCAUCUACAUGCCUUCUCAUUCCCAUCCUCUUCAUCUUUUUCUGUUUCCCUCCCUCCCUUCUCUCCGAUCCUCGAAUCUCCCUCGCCGGCCUCUUCUGCGGCAACUCCAAAGCUCCUCUCUCUUCCCAUUACAUCCCCAUCUUCGUCCAGGAAAUGCACUCUCUCUCCCAGACCAUCACCACUCAGAACUGGGCUUCUCACUCCCUCAAUCUCUCUUCCCUCCCCAUCUUCGGUUUCGCUCAGUGCUUCCACGACCUUUCCCACACCGAUUGCCUCCUCUGCUACGCCGCCAGUCGCACCAAGCUCCCUCGCUGCCUCCCGUCACUCUCCGCGCGCAUCUACCUCGACGGCUGCUUCCUUCGCUACGAUAACUACAGUUUCUACUCGGAAGCCAUUGAUCCUGUCAGGGACACCGUGAACUGUAGCGCCGAGUAUGGUGUGGUGGAGGAUGAAGGCGAUGAGAGGUGGAAAUUCGACAAGAGUCUCGGCGAGGUGUUUGAUAAUGUGGUGAGGGUUGCUGUAGGAGAGGGAUUCGGCUUCGGUGUGGGAGAGGUUGGGGGAGUUUAUGCUCUGGCUCAGUGUUGGAAGACGUUGGAGAGUGAUGCGUGUGAGAAUUGCUUGAGGAAAGCGGUGAGAGAGGUGAGAGGUUGCUUGCCUAAGAGGGAAGGAAGGGCUUUGAAUGCUGGAUGCUAUUUGAGAUACUCAUCUUUCAAGUUCUACAACGAAGGAGGUGAAGAACAGGGUCAAAAGGGGUCAUUCAGGAGGGGAGCCGUUAUAGCAAUUGUGUUAUCUGUGGCUGCGGUUGUGUUGCUGUUUCUCUCUGCCUUUUAUGUAAUCUUCUCAAGAAUAUCAAAGAUGAAUAAAGAAAACAGUCGGCUUGGCCAGAUUUCGAUUUCCAUAAACAAGUCACGUUUGAACUUCAAAUACGAGACUCUGGAGAAGGCCACCGAUUAUUUCAACUCUUCAAGAAAAAUUGGCCAGGGAGGGGCUGGUUCUGUGUUCAAAGGGACUCUGUCAAAUGGGAAAGUCGUGGCUGUCAAGAGAUUAGUGUUCAAUAACAGGCAAUGGGUUGACGAGUUCUUUAACGAAGUGAAUUUGAUCAGCGGAAUUGAGCACAAGAACCUUGUCAAACUCUUGGGUUGUAGCAUUGAAGGCCCCGAGAGCCUCCUUGUGUACGAGUACCUACCCAACAAGAGCUUGGAUCAAUUCAUUUUUGAAAAGAACAAAAGUCAGGUUCUGAAUUGGAGGCAGCGUUUUGGUAUAAUAAUUGGAAUAGCAGAGGGGCUUGCAUAUCUUCACGCAGGAUCUAAAAUAAGAAUAAUCCAUAGAGACAUCAAAAGUAGCAACAUUCUUCUGGACGAGAAUCUCACUCCUAAAAUUGCCGACUUUGGCCUCGCCCGCUGUUUUGCUGCCGACAAGACGCAUCUUAGCACUGGAAUUGCCGGAACACUAGGAUACAUGGCACCUGAAUAUCUUACUCGAGGCCAACUAACAGAUAAAGCUGAUGUCUAUAGCUUUGGAGUGCUUGUUCUGGAAAUUUUAUGUGGCAGAAGGAACAAUGUCUUCAGAGAAGACUCUGGCUCCCUUCUACAAACAAUCUGGAAACUGUAUCGAUCAAACCGAUUACAUGAAGCUGUGGAUCCAUGCUUAGGGGAUGAUUCUGCAGGAGCAGAAUUAUCAAGGGUGCUUCAAAUAGGGCUGCUAUGCACGCAAGCUUCUGCUUCCCUGAGGCCAUCCAUGGAAGAAGUUGUAGAGCUGCUAAGCAAUUCAAACGUGGAUGUUUCUGUACCGAGUCAACCCCCAUUUUUGAGCGCUGGGACUGGUUUGCUAAACUCGGAGAGCUCUAUUAGGUCUUACAGCACAAACAGUUUUGUUUCCAAUGCAUUGAAGAAGAUUGUAACGUCCGAAGUAUCAUCCUCGGAGACCUUCAGCACUCGCAGUUCAGAACAGGUGAACCAAGCUUGAUUCUUUAACACGGUGCAGGUCCAGAGGUCUUGGGAGGUAGUAGAGCAUUAAUUGGGGACGAGAGUGAUUUGUUUUCCCGUAAACAAAAAGUCAUGAUAAAAACUAAUAAAAAAGAAAAGAUAAGAUCCUCGCUUGCCAGUGAGUUAAUGUGUUUUUUUUUUUUUUUUGACAAAAACGAUUCACUAAUUGUCAACAGUUAGAGCCACACUGUAAAUUGUCCAUUUUAUUAUUGGUAUGUUGUAAUUUUUUAUUAUUUAUUUCAUGCCCAUAAAAUAAUUUUUUGCACUGUGAUGUUACAACCAAUUGUUAUAUUGAUGGAAUGCUUGAACAUCA